GCGUCAGAGCAUCAGGAAGAGCUGAAAUCUGAUUUUAUUAAAGAGGACAGAGAGAAGAUGAGAGAUCCAGAGCCCUGCAGAAUCAAACACACUGAAGAUACUGAACAACAAACAGAGCUGAUGGAAGAGAGCGAGGAGAGUGAAGAACUGAGUGAAGUGGAGGAGAAACAUCAUGUCAAACCUGGAGAAAAACCUUUGAGUCUCUCAAACACUAAAAAUACAUUUUUAAAGAAAAGAAAAGCCAAGAAAUCUAUCACCUGCACUCAGUGUGGAAAGAGUUUCACAUACAAACAAAGUCUUGAGCGUCACAUGAGAGUUCACACCGGAGAGAAGCCGUUCACGUGUGACCAAUGUGGAAACAGCUUCACGCGAUCAGAAAACCUUAAACAUCACAUGAGAGUUCACAACGGAGAGAAGCCACACACGUGUGAUCAGUGCGGGAAGAGUUUCACAAAACAAGAAACCCUUAAAGAACACAUGGCAGUUCAUACGAAGGAGAAGCCACAUUCCUGUUCUGAAUGUGGAAAGAGUUUUUCACGGCUGCAGAAUUUACAUGUACAUCAGAAAAUUCACACUGGUGUGAGAGAGUACUUGUGCUUUGAGUGUAACAAGACUUUUAUUACAGCGAGCUCUUUAAAACUGCACCAGAGGAUCCACACUGGAGAGAAACCUUACAAGUGUUCACACUGUGACAAGACAUUCAGUCGGUCAGGACAUCUGAAAUCACAUGAGAAGGUCCACAGCAGAGAGAAGCCGCAGACAUGUGAUCAGUGUGGAAAGAGUUUCUCUUUUAAAAGUCACCUGAAGAUACACAUGAAGAUCCAUGCAGUGGAGGAACCAGUCUUUAUCGCUGGAGUCAGAGUCAAGUCUCGAGUGAUUUAAUGGCUUGCUAAAAAUAUCUCAUUAAAAAUCCUCAUGAAUUGAACUCAUCCUAAUCACAAAGCUCUAGACAAAAUAUAUGAUCUUCUAUGAUAUGCUUUGUAAGGUUAAUGACAUCCAGCCUGUUACUUAUGUUUUAAUCCACUACAAUGUACAAAACAGUUGUUCUGUAAUGCAAUUCUACGAU